AUGCAUAGAAGAAUCAAAGAAGGAGCUUUAAGACCACAUACAAAUGCGAUCAAGCCGGAUUUAACCGACGACAAUAAGAAAGCAAGGUUAGAGUUCUGUCUAUCAACCGUUACUCAAUCUUUGACAUUUCAUGACAUGUUUAAUGUGAUUCAUAUAGAUGAAAAAUGGUUUUAUAUGUCAAAACCAUCAAAGUGUUACUAUCUUGUUCCCAACGAAAUUGAGCCAUUAAGAACAUGUAAAUUAAAAAAGUUUAUCACAAAAGUAAUGUUCCUAGCCGCCGUUGCACGACCAAGAUUUGAUGCAUCGGGUAAUGAAGUCUUUUCGGGAAAAAUCGGUAUAUUCCCAUUCACAACUUUGGAACCCGCAAAACGGUUGAGUAAGAAUCGUGUUGCUGGAACGUUAAUAACAAAACCAAUUUUAUCAGUUACUAAAGAAGUAACAAGGUCUUGGUUAAUCGAAAAAGUACUACCGGCUAUUAGAUCUAAAUGGCCACGAGAUCACACUGGUCCAAUUUUUAUUCAACAAGAAAAUGCAAAACCCCAUAUCGAUGUCAAUGAUGCGGAGUUUAAUCAAGAGGCUUCAAAAGAUGGGUUUGAUAUCCGACUUUGUUUUCAACCUCCAAACAGUCCAGAUUUGAACGUGUUGGACCUCGGGUUUUUUCGGGCGAUUCAGUCUCUUAAAAAACAAGAGGUUUUAGGAUCAAUUGAUGAAUUGGUUAGUGCUGUUAAAACAUCUUUUGAAAGAAUGCCAUCAAAUGAGCUUAACAAUGUGUUUUUAACUUUACAAACAUGCAUGAAAGAGAUCAUGAAAGUUCGAGGUGGCAAUAAUUACCAAACACCACAUAUUGGCAAAGGUAAGUUAGAACGACAAGGAAAGUUACCAUUAACAAUCGAGUGUGACGGUAACUUGAUAAAUGAUGUCCUUUCAUAUUUGGGUCCGCAAACGGAGUAG